CGUGUUUUCUUUUGGUCCGAUCUCGCGUUGCAGCGCAGUCGGAUUUUCUCCGUCGUUAGUUUCGGUUUCGGUUUUGUGGUUGCCACCCGGCAACAAGGUCGCCCGCCACGAUGGUGCGGCACAACAAUCAGCUGCCGGACAAUCUGCCCCAGCUGCAGAACCUGAUAAAGCGAGAUCCGGAGUCGUACAAGGAGGAGUUUCUGCAGCAGUAUCAGCACUUUUUGAGUGUGCUGGAAAUCUUCCGGCUGGAACCGGACAAGGAGAACAAGAGCCUGUGCGAGUCGAUUAUGUUUCUGGCGCAGAUUGCUCAGUGUUACAUCGAAGAGUUGAAGACGUUCCCGCAGACGAUUGUGGAUUUGCUGAAGACGCACUCGACCACGCUGGAUCCGGAAAUGCGGAACACUUUCUGCCGGGCGUUGAUCUUGCUACGUAACAAGAAUCUGAUCUCGCCGCUGGACUUGCUGGAGCUGUUCUUCCAGCUGCUCCGUUGUCCGGAUAAGGCGCUGAGAACUUUUCUGGAGAAUCACAUCAUUACGGAUAUCAAGAACAUGAACGCCAAGCAAAAGGACAUGAAACUGAACUCGACGCUGCAGAAUUUCAUGUACACGAUGCUGAAGGACGCGAACCCGAAGGCGGCCAAAAUGUCCAUUGACAUCAUGAUCGAGCUGUACAAGAAGCGAAUCUGGAACGAUGCCAAAACGGUCAACGUGAUUGCCACCGUGGGAUGCUUCUCCAAGAUCACCAAGGUCAUGGUGGCGUCGCUUAAAUUCUUCCUGGGAACCGACGAGGACGACAGCAAGGAUGACGAAGAGGACAGCGACAAGGAGGCGGACCUGAAGGGCGUCAUGAUGGCCAACAAGGUCAACAAGAAAACCAAGAAGCGAAAGAAGCAGCUUGAGGCGGCCAAAAAGCUGUACCACCAGGCUCAGAAAAAGAAGACCAAAGCGGUUUCGUUCAACUUUUCCGCUGUCCACCUGAUUCACAACCCGCAGGGCAUGGCCGAGAACCUGUUCAAGCAGCUCCAGGCCGGCAACGAGCGGUUCGAGGUUAAACUGAUGCAUCUGGACGUGAUUUCGCGCCUCGUCGGCAUCCACGAGCUGUUCCUGUUCAGCUUCUACCCGUACAUUACGCGCUUCGUCCAGCCCCACCAGCGGCAGGUCACGAGAAUCUUGCAGUUCGCGGCCCAAGCCUCCCACGAGCUAGUUCCGCCCGACCUCAUCGAGCCGGUCAUCAAAACGUUGGUCAACAAUUUCGUGACGGAACGCAACUCCAGUGACGUCAUGGCCAUCGGUUUGAACGCCGUACGGGAGAUUUGCGUGCGCUGUCCGCUGGCCAUGAACGAGGACCUGCUGCGGGAUCUUACGCUGUACAAAAACUACAAGGAGAAAUCCGUCAUGAUGGCGGCCAAGGCGCUGAUCCUGCUGUACCGUGAGCAGAUUCCGACGCUGCUGGCCAAGAAGGACCGCGGUCGGCCAACCGAAGCCAGCGUCGAAAUCAAGCCCAAAAAGUACGGAGAAGUGCAAGCGAUGGACCACAUCCCGGGAACGGAAGCACUUCUCAACGCGGCGCCCGAUUUGGACGUUUCGGACGAGGAGGAUGAUUCCGACUCGGAGGGCGGCUGGGUCGACGUGGACAGCGACGAGGAACCGCUGGAGGAAAAGAAAAAGGGCAUCACCAUGGUCAAGAAUGGUGACCAGGAAGAUUCCGACGGAGACGAAGAACAAUCGGAAGAAGAGGGCAGCGACGACGGAGAGUGGGAAACCGAUUCCGAAGCGGACGGCGAAGAAGUCGAAGACGAGGAGGAGGAGGAAGAGCAGGAACCACCCGUGAAGCGGCAAAAGAUCGUCAAGAAAGCAAUAACAAAGAAAGCGAGCGAAGAAUCGACCGCGGCAGCGACAACGCUGACCUCGAAGGAAGCCCUGCAGGAGCUCGCCCUCACGAAGAUCUUCACCGAUGCCGACUUUGCCCGGAUCGAGCAGGAACAGGUCAAGAAGAAGAUGACGCACAACAACCGGAAGCGCCAGCUGGAGAAGGAACGGAGCGAGUUCGUCAAGCUGGACGACAUCGAGAUGAUCUACAAGAAGCGCAAGACGGACAAGGAGGCGCGCAUCGAGAGCAUGAAGCGGGGCCGCGAAGGUCGGGAAAAGUUUGGCUACAAGGACAACCGGCACGAUCCGUUCUGCUCCAAGACGAACCGGGAGAAGCGAAAGACCAAGAACUACAACAUGAUGCGUCACAAGGCGCGCGGCAAGGUCAAGAAGUCGUUCCGGGAUAAACAGCUCGCGCUGCGGCACCAUUUGAUGAAGCAGAAAAAGAUGAAGUGAGGUUCUGUAUUUUUUUUUUCUGGGUUGGCGAAGAUAAAAGUAAAUAAAUUUAAUGUUUACUAAACACAA